AUGUUUGGGAAGUAUUUUAUUAGUAUAAUAAUUUUUUUUAUCUAUCAUCAAUUAUCUUAUCAAGUUAAAAUUAUUACUAAAAGAGAUAUUAUUGAUGAUAGUAUAAGUUCAAAAAAUGAAAUUGAAGUAACUUUAUCUGAAAGUGAUUUUGAAGGAGCAAGUAAAAUUAAAGAAAUUGAUUUAAAAUCUAUUGGAAUUAAUGUACCAAAUGAUCCAACAAUGGGUAAAAAAACUGAAGGUGAUAUUGCAAUAAAAAAUAUGAAAUUAUUUGUUCAAAAUUCAAAUGGUUUAGCGAGAAAUGCAAUUAGACAAAAAUAUAGAAGAUGGCCAAAUGGAGAAAUUCCAUAUGCAUUAUCAUCAAAAUAUGGAAGUUACGCAAAAUCAAUUAUAGCUAAAGCAAUGGAUGAGUAUCAUAAAAAAACAUGUAUAAGAUUUGUUCCAAGAGAUCCAAUGAGGCAUGUAGAUUAUAUUUAUAUUCAUCCUGAUGAUGGAUGUUAUAGUUUAGUUGGUAAAGUUGGUGGAAGACAACCAUUAUCAUUAGAUUCUGGUUGUAUUCAAACAGGAACAAUAGUUCAUGAAUUAAUGCACACUGUUGGAUUUUUCCAUGAACAAUCACGUAAUGAUCGUGAUAAUUAUAUUAAAAUUAUUUGGGAAAAUGUUAUGAAUGGUGCUGAUGAUCAAUUUGAAAAAUAUGGGAUUAAUGUAAUUGAUAAUUUAAAUGAACCAUAUGAUUAUAAUAGUAUUAUGCAUUAUGGACCAUAUGCUUUUAGUGCUAAUGGAAAAAGAACAAUAAGUCCUUAUCAGGCUAAUUCAGAUAAAAUGGGACAAAGAAUUGAAUUUAGUCCAACUGAUUUAAGAAAGAUCAAAAAAUUAUAUGAAUGUAAUAAUUAUGGUAGUAAUGGAAAUAUUGAUAAUUCAAUAAAUCAGGCUUGUGAAGACCUUAAUUGGAGAUGUAACUUUUGGUCAAUUGGUUUAUUUAAUUACUGUGAUAGAUAUGAAGAAGUGAGAAAUGUAAUAUGUCGAUUUUCUUGUGGUACUUGUAAAAUAAAUUUUGAAACAUUUGGUGGAAGAAAUAUAUUAAAUGAAGAUAUCAAUGAAGGAUGCUUUGAUAGAGUUUCCUUUUGUAGAAAUAUUACUCCAUCAUUUCAUUGUAGAAUACCAAAAUUAGCAACCAAAUGUCCUGUAAGAUGUCGGCUAUGUUAA